CUCAAGAACUAGUGGGAUGGUUCGAAGGGAGGCUUAGCUGAGGCCACCAGGCGGGUCGCAGGUUGCGGAUAGCGAACGACCUUCUGGGAAGGUUAGUUGCGAAUAAGCGCAAGCAAAUAAGCAACCCCGGACAAACAGCGGGUAUACCGAUGGAGGUAUACCGACAAGACGUUUGUUUGGCCGUCUUAACACCAUAGCCUUACACACCCCCUCCCUCACAACUACCUACCUCCAUCCUAUCCCCCACAUCUCACCUCGGUGCCGGACUAAGGUGUCAUUCGACCCGUGCCGAUAGUCAGCCUGACUGGGGGCCCGAGUUAACAAAUAGCCCAGUCGCAAACGGAGGGUUCAGGCAAGUGGCGACCGUCUGUCCUAACUACGCCUUACCCAGGUACGGCGGAUCUCUGCCCGGGCGGACUAUAUACUUCUCCGCAACUCGUGGGACCCCAUGAAGAAGAACAAAAGCAUAAAAAUCCCGCAGGAUAUCCCUGCAACCGGUGUCGCAAGACACUUCGAGGAAAGAUCCCUCGACGGCGACAGACCCCAGGCGGCAGCGCACCCGCCAAGGACUUCACCAGCAGCCCAGGCGAGAAGACCUGCACCGCAGUCAUUCCCAGCCAGGGAGCGUGGUGUGCCAGCAGGAGCUACCCUGCCAGCACGCCCACCUCUCGCGUCUGAUAGACCAACCUCUAUCAGACAGCUGAAGAAGCAGGUCGCUCUUCCAGCCCUAGGACAGCCCGGAGGACUGGACGACCCCAACAGGCGUGGCCUGCCAGGGUCAAAGGUAAAGUGGUACCUGAGGUAUCUCAUGCAGGGCAUGACACCGGAGGAGGCCUUGAAGAAGGCAAAGGAGCCGAGGGAGCAGCCGGAAUUGGGUGCAGCACCGGCUGGCAAACGGCUGAACACCAGCCGCACACCACCAACGGACACUCCCAAGAGGUCUAGGCACGGCACAGGGGCUAGUGAGACGUCCUCACGGGUCCCUGGGCAAGAGGGGCCUAGCACAGCAGCAGCAGCGGCAGAAAAGGCAAAGGUGCAGGCCAGGAAGAUACCUUUCCAGCCCCACCAAAACCAGAAGCCGAAAACCGCUGGAGGACGACCCUCUAGCUCGGCAACACCGGUCAUCGGACCCCGUCCGACAUACGCGGAGGCUGCCAAGAAAGCCACGCUCAUCAGGGUGGCCAUACUCCGGAAGGGUUUUCCGGCGGCCAGCCUGACCGCAGACGAUUUAUCCGGGCUCCAGUAGUCGGUCAUGGACGAGAUGCUCACGACAGCGUGGAGCGGUCCGGUCGUGUUCAGGGGAAUCCACUUCAGGGUGGGUUACCUGAUUAUCGACUUCCUGGAUGAAGGCUCAGCUGAUUGGCUUAAGAUUGCCGUACCUCAGCUGCGGACGUGGAAAGGAGUACCCCUAGAAACCCGCACGGGAGCAGACAUCCCGGCAGCUUACAACGCCACGUUGUUCUGCCCGAGGAGCUCAGACCGGACCAAUGAGGAGAUACUGGCCUUCAUUGGUUUCCAAAACCGGGUCGAGACGGACGCCUGGAAGGUCAUCUCCAGAAAGAACGACGGAGCUGGUGCACUCCUGGUCGUAGGGAUGGACCAGACCGGAAGGGAUGAGAUAGUGGAGCGUGACCACAAGCUCAACUUCCGGUUUGGCCACGUCACCGUGAGCGGUCUGAAAAAGACUAAGAAAGCUCCGGAAGAGACGCCCAAUGACGGCAUCUGUAAGGCUGUCGAGGAUACCCUCGAACCACUGAAUGAGGAGCCGAAGUUGCAGAGUGGGGAGCAGGAUGGACAAUCCAUCACCAGCAUGGACAUUGGGGACGACCAAGGGGAUGGACACCCUAUGUCAUCCCAAGAGCUGGCCCAGGAGCUCCUCCUGGACGACAGCUGCGGAGAAGCCGAGGUUACCGUGAUAGACGGUGGUGGAGAGACUUGCUCUCUCUCUUCACCAGACAUCACGGAGCACCAAACUUUGGAGUGAUGGCUGCAACAAGCAGCACUCGGCUAGCCCAGAUAAACAUCCAUCGGGCCAAAGCAGCAUCUGCUGUCUUGGCGAGGAUGUUCACCUCCCAACACCUCGGGCUAGCCCUUGUACAGGAGCCAUGGUGGCAAAAUGGCAUAAAAGGCCUGUACACGAAAGACACUAUGAGUUCAUGGCCUCCGCCUACUUUGCCGAGUAGGAGGCCUGUUCACCGCCAGGAAUACCUGGGCUCGUGGACCACUGCCGGACGAACAAGAUCCCCCUCAUUAUAGGAUGUAAUGCCAAC